AUGUCAACCAAUUUCGACAAAAUUGUUAACGAACAACAUUACCCUCAAUGGAACCAAACACCACAAGAAGUGUUGCAACUUGCCAAUGAUCUCGCAGCAAAGGAGAAAAGCUUGUUUGAUUCCAUAGCAUCAGUGGAAGAUCCAACUAUCGAGAAUGUGUUGAAUCCAUUUACCAGGUUCCAUAAUGAAGCUGAAUUUCCAACAAAUCAAGUCCUGUUUUACCAACACGUUUCCGCUGACAAAGCUUUGCGUGAUGCGUCAACCGAAGCCGAGCAAAUUCUCGACCAAAGCUCAAUAGAACAAUGGUCAAGAACUGACGUUUACUCCGUGCUCAAAUCUUUGAAGGAAAAGAACCUUCAAUUGGAUCCCGAAAGCGAACGGUUUUUGAAUAAAACAGUGUUGGAGUUUGAGCGUAACGGAUUGGCACUUCCAUAUGAACAAAGGGAAAAAGUCAAGAAAUUGCAAGUUGAAUUGAGUGAUUUGAAAGUACAGUUUGCCAAAAAUUUGGGAGAGGAUACCGGUUGUGUAUACUUUACAAAAGAAGAAUUGGAAGGUGUACCUGAGGUGAUUUUAAAACAAUAUGAGGAAGUUAAGCAAGACGGACAACCACCAAAAUUCAAAGUGACAUUUAAAUAUCCUGACAUUAUUCCAUUGUUUCAACAUGCAUCAAUUGGUCAAACCAGAAAGACUGCAAAUAUUGCAUUUGGGAACAGGUCUUCUGAGAAUGAGGCACUUUUGACAAAGAUUAUCAAGAUUAGAUUUCAAAUCGCAAAAGAAUUGGGAUAUGACUCAUAUGCAGAUUAUGCAUUGGAAGUGAAGUUGGCAAAGAAGAAGCAUACUGUCUUGGAUUUCUUGAAUGACUUAAGGACUAAGUUAACGCCUGUGGCUGAGUCUGAACUACAAGUUUUGAAGGAUUUAAAGAACAAGGAUUUAAAAGCACGUAAUUUGCCAGUUGAAGAUGAAUUUUAUUCAUGGGAUUUUGCUUAUUAUAACGAAAGGUUGUUGGAAGAAAAGUAUCAAGUUGAUAGUUUGAAAAUAUCCGAGUAUUUUCCUUUGCAAAGUACCAUCAAGAAAAUGUUGGGAUUCUAUGAAACCAUUAUGGAUGUGAAAUUUGUCAAACUUGAUCCCAAACCGGAGGAAGUUUGGCAUGAGGACGUGGAAAUGUAUGCCGUGUUUAAAAAUAUCAAGUUCGGAACCUUGGAGUACGUUGGGGUUAUAUACUUUGACUUACAUCCAAGAGAUGGGAAAUAUGGACACGCGGCUAAUUUUGGUAUAGGUCCAGGGUACGUCAAUUCAAACGGCACUCGCAAAAACCCUGAGACUGUGUUGGUUUGUAACUUUACAAAACCAACAAAGACUAGGCCAUCAUUGUUAAAACAUGACGAAGUUGUUACAUUUUUCCAUGAGUUGGGCCACGGUAUCCAUAAUAUGUUGUCUCAGACAAAGUAUGCAAAGUUCCAUGGAACGAAUGUGGAGCGUGAUUUUGUUGAAGCGCCUUCCCAAAUGUUGGAGUAUUGGGUUUGGUCAAAGAACGAGCUCAAGCUGUUAUCAUCUCAUUAUGAGACAGGCGAGCCGAUUAGUGAUGAUUUGAUUGAUCUGUUAAUCAAAACCAAACACGUUAAUACCGGCUUAUCCAACUUGCGCCAAUUGUUUUUUGGAUUAUUUGACAUGUCACUUCAUACUAUCGAAAGCGAAGACCAGAUUGACAAAUUGAAUCUAUUCGACACUUGGAAUACUUUGAGAAGAGAAAUCACAUUACUUCCUGAUGGAAACAAUCCCACAAAGGGAUACUGCUCAUUUGGCCACAUUGCUGGAGGAUAUGAGAGUGGUUAUUAUGGGUAUUUGUACUCGCAAGUUUUUGCUGCUGAUAUUUACUACACCCUUUUCAAAGAGGAUCCAAUGAAUACGGAAAACGGUAUUAGAUACAGAGACAUUAUUUUGAAGCGAGGUGGUUCAAGAGAAAUUAUGGACAACUUGGAAGAAGUUUUGGGAAGAAAGCCCAACUCUGAGGCGUUCUUGGCUGAAAUAUUCGGCAAAAAGUCUCAUUUAUAG